AAUGUGGGAGAAAAUCAAAGUAUCCGUCGGUUAAAUCGAGUGUUAAAUUCGGGGUCUCGGAGAAUACCUGGAGAAAGACCGUGUCUGUAGUUUUUGUCCAGUUAUAUAUAUAGGGUCAGAUCCUGGGAGCUAGGCUAAUUCAUAUCCGCCAUUAUUACUAAUGUAAAAGAGCGCCAUCCGUGAUAUCAGUCGGCGGAGAAAGACGGUUGGGAUGUGAAACGAGAAGGCGACGGUUCCGUAAACGUGCUUAUCCGUCGUCCGGGGUCCUGGUCCCGCCGGGUGGGUGCCGUUACACGGUGACAAAAAUGUAUCACUUCUGUCUUCUUGAGCCAGCCUUGUUCCGUUUCCUCCAUGAUGCUCCUCGGUCGGAGCUGCUGAUCGAUCUGCUUCUGAAUUUUUUUUAUGACUCUUCGAGGACAUCUCUUGGAAACCUCCAGUCUCCCUCAGCAGCUAACCUGGCCACGUUGCAGUCCUAUAGGCCCCUUCUGAGCGACUAUGGACCUCCAUCUCUGGGAUUCUCACAGGGCUCUACUGGAAGCCAAGUGCCUCAGAACAAAUAUGCAGAGCUGCUGGCCAUCAUCGAAGAGCUCGGAAAGGAGAUCAGGCCAACAUAUGCUGGAAGCAAGAGUGCAAUGGAGAGACUGAAAAGAGGAAUAAUCCACGCUAGAGGGCUGGUGCGUGAAUGCUUGGCUGAGACGGAGAGAAACGCAAGGUCCUAGCUACGAACACACAUUCCUCCCUGCAAGAAGAACUAACAGUCUGCGUCUCAUGAAAACAAUAAAUAACUUGCAUGGCAUUUCCUUUGAGAGGAGGAAGUAAAUGAACAAAGGAUGAGGAGGCAAGCUCCUAGAGGAUAAAAAAAAAAAAACAGUAACACAGUUCAUGACUCCUGAGGGUUCUGGAGGAUCAUUUAAAUCAUUUGUGGGUUAUUGGAAUUCAAAUGAAAGGAUAUCAUGUGUUUUUAUGCCCCACUUUUGGGAUCUUAGUUUUGACUUCAUAUUUAAAAGCAUUGGUUUAUGCAUGCGAAUGGGCCCGGGGGUUAAUUGUAGACACUGCAUGGCUUGUACAGGGGUAGAUGGAGACGGCUUCUUUUUGAUAGUAUUUGGUCUG